CGCUGCCAGCGUGAGCGCUUUCCCCGUCGGCUCCGGCCGGGUCCGGAGGGCUGUCCGGCCAUGGAGGGGCUCCGGGCUAGUGCAGGGCUGUUGAGGCGCGGGCGGCCGAGGCGCCGGCGCCAGCCGCAGCCGCACAGCGGGUCGGUCCUGGCCCUACCCUCGAGGCCCAGGAAGAUACGGAGGCAGCUGAGAAGAAGUGUUGCGUCCCGCAUGGCAGCGCUGAGGGCCCAGACGCUGCCGAGCGAAGACUCGGAGGACUCGAGGGUGGAGUCCACGGCCGACGAUCUGGGGGAUUCCUUGCCUGGCGGGGCAGCGGCGGCGGUCGCCGUCCCGGACGCGGCCCGGCGAGAGCCUUACGGCCCCCUGGGGCCUGCAGAGCUGCUGGAGGCCGCGCCCGCCACGCGCUCACUGCAGACCCCGCCGGCGCGCCUGGUGCCCCCUUCGGCGCCGCCCGUGCGCCUGGCGGAGGUGCCCGCUGCGCCGGCCCGCGUGGUGGAGAACUCGGCUUUGCUGUGCACAGCCCAGCACUUGGCGGCCGCCCCACAUUCCGGAGCCCCUGCGACGCUGUCGGGGCCGGAGGUGGAUAGCACCGGUGGGGAGCUGUCCUGCGACUCCCCCCUGCAGCGCGUCUUGGCCGAGCUGAACCGCAUCCCCAGCAGCCGGCGGCGAGCGGCACGCCUCUUUGAGUGGCUCAUCGCGCCGAUGCCGCCGGACCAUUUCUACCGGCGCCUAUGGGAGCGGGAGGCGGUGCUGGUGCGGCGGCAGGACCGCACCUACUACCAGGGCCUUUUCUCUACCGCCGACCUGGACUCGAUGCUGCGCAGCGAGGAGGUGCAGUUCGGGCAGCACUUGGACGCCGCACGCUACAUCAACGGACGGCGCGAGACCCUGAACCCGCCGGGCCGCGCACUGCCGGCCGCUGCGUGGUCCCUGUACCAGGCUGGCUGCUCCCUGCGCCUCCUCUGUCCGCAGGCUUUCUCGACCACCGUGUGGCAGUUUUUGGCUGUGCUCCAGGAGCAGUUUGGAAGCAUGGCAGGCUCCAACGUUUACCUCACGCCCCCCAACUCGCAGGGCUUUGCCCCCCACUACGACGACAUCGAAGCUUUCGUGUUGCAGCUGGAAGGUAGGAAACUCUGGCGUGUCUACCGACCCCGGGUCCCAACUGAGGAACUGGCCCUGACAUCUAGCCCCAACUUCAGUCAGGACGACCUCGGUGAGCCGGUGCUGCAGACCGUGCUGGAACCUGGAGAUUUGCUCUAUUUUCCUCGGGGCUUCAUUCACCAAGCUGAAUGCCAGGAUGGAGUCCACUCUCUGCACCUCACCUUGUCCACUUACCAGCGCAAUACCUGGGGUGACUUCCUAGAGGCUGUAUUGCCUCUAGCUGUGCAGGCUGCAAUGGAAGAAAAUGUGGAGUUUCGGAGGGGUCUUCCCCGAGACUUUAUGGAUUACAUGGGGGCCCAGCAUUCCGAUUCUAAGGAUCCACGAAGAACCGCUUUCAUGGAGAAGGUCCGGGUCUUGGUUGCCCGGCUGGGACACUUUGCUCCUGUGGAUGCUGUGGCUGACCAACGAGCCAAAGACUUCAUCCAUGAUUCUCUGCCCCCUGUUUUGACUGAUAGGGAGAGGGCACUAAGUGUUUACGGGCUCCCAAUUCGCUGGGAGGCUGGAGAACCCGUAAAUGUGGGGGCCCAGUUGACAACAGAAACAGAAGUCCACAUGCUUCAGGAUGGGAUAGCUCGUCUGGUGGGUGAGGGAGGCCGUUUGUUUCUCUAUUACACAGUGGAAAACUCCCGUGUUUAUCAUCUGGAAGAGCCCAAGUGCUUGGAAAUAUACCCUCAGCAAGCUGAUGCCAUGGAACUCUUGCUUCGCUCCUACCCAGAGUUUGUGAGAGUAGGGGACCUGCCCUGUGACAGUGUGGAGGACCAACUUUCCUUGGCAACCAUGUUGUAUGAUAAAGGGCUGCUGCUAACCAAGAUGCCUCUAACCUAAACUACUUUCUUGUUAAUUGCUGGAAGCAAGGCAGUAGUGAUUCUCCUCUACCACUGCCACUUUUUUUUAAAAUUCAUGUUCUUACCUUGAUAAUCAUCAGUGUGCUCACAUUUACCUUUAUGACUGCUUCAUUGUCACAAACCUCAGACGGUCUUCUAGGAAGAACCACCUCAUCUAGUUGGAAGAAACUUCCCCAAAUCUGGCAAGUGAAUAUUCUCAUGGUUGCUGGAAAAGUGCCUGUUGUACCAGAAAGAGCACUGGACUUGGAACCAGAAGACCUGGGUUUGGGGUGGUAGCUGGUAGGCAGCUGGCUGAGUGACCUGAGGCUGCUGCUACGCUUGGGCACACAGAUUUUAAUGACCUCAAAGACCCAAUUGUUUCCCAAAACUUGGUUGUAAUGUACACAUACUGUCUUCCCACUGAGACGACUCAGGAGCACACAAGCCCGGUCCUCGGUGUCCUCAUUCUUCUUGUGAAACAGCUGAUGGAGGAUCCUCUUAAUCACAGGGUAAGUGGCAUCACCUUCCAGAGCCAGGCACUGAGCUGCAGCCCAGCUAUCCACACUGUUACCUGUCUCAGUGGGGUGAAAAAAGAAGUUCAGAAUGGUGAUCUGUUUUCCCCAAAAGAGAACAGUCUUUGGGUUGGUACCCAAGGCUGCUACCAGCCUGUUAUCUCACUUCCCUGUGCCUCACUUAGUCUAGAAAUCCAGUCCCUUAUUUAAACCAUACUUAAAUGGAUCAUAUCAAGGUUUUAAAUAUAAACCUCAACCUGAAAAGUUAAAUCCUAAAGGCUCUUGUUAGGCAACAGCCAUAAGGCACUUCUGACCUAGCUGAGGGAUGCAGUUGUUUUCUCCCCUGGAGAUUAAGAAGGCUGGGGUGGGAGGUUUUCCUAACACAGAGGAAUUAAGCUGUUGAAUGUCUAUAUGCAGAAGGCCAAACCAGUCGGCCAGUUGUUCCCCUCAUCAAGGCAAGCAACAACCCAUCUUAGAGACAGCAGUUAGGCACCUUGGGCCUUUCACCCGACAGCCUAUUUGAUUAUGUAACUCCAACAAUGCAUGUGGACAAUGCCUGGAAGUUAAUACGCAAAAAAUAAAAGCAUGAUGUGUUCA